CUUCCGCUGGGCGGCUUCGCGCGAGGGACUUUAAGCCGAGUCUUGGAGACAGAAGUUGGACUUUGACCGGGGACUCCUCGUAUAAAGCAGAGGAGAGGCGAAAGGCCAGAGGCUAUUUUUCGCGCAAAACACAGGGAGGAAGGACGAAGCGAGUUCCAUGGCCAUGUGGACGACCCUGGGAGCGCUGCUGCUGGUAGCACAUGUUGUGUUUGGCCAGAGCGGCAUCAGAUGGUGCACCAUCUCCGAGAGCGAGCGGAGGAAGUGCGAGGCCAUGUCGCAGGCUUUCGCCGACGUCUCCAUUCGCCCGUCGCUCAGCUGCGUCAACGGGGCGACGGUCGAGGGCUGCGCUCAGAAACUGCAGAAUAAAGAAGCCGAUGCCUUGUCCAUGUUCUCCACGGACAUCUACAACCUGGGGAAGUCCGCCUCCUUCAAGAUCGCCGGCAGCGAAUCAAAGGCUGACCGCACUGGUGCCAGCUACUACGCGGUCGCCGUGGUGAAGAAGGCCAAUUCGGCCAUCCGGAUCACCAACCUGGCAGGGAAAAAGAGCUGCCACACGGGGAAGGGCCGAACGGCCGGCUGGAACAUGCCUCUGGGAUACUUCAUAGACCAGGGUUACAUGUCUGUGAUGGGCUGCAACAUCUCACAGGGUGUGGCCGACUUCUUCAGUGCGAGCUGCAUCCCCGGAGCAAACCAGGCCGGAGACCCCGCGUCUCUGUGUCAGCUGUGCAAAGGAGACGGAAGUGGACAGUUCAUAUGUGACAAGAGCUCCAAGGAGAUGUACUUCAGCUACGAGGGCGCUUUCAGGUGUCUGGCUGAAGAUGCAGGAGAAGUGGCCUUCAUCAAACACACGACUGUGGAGGAGAACACCGAUGGUCAUGGCCCAAGCUGGGCACAGGGACUACAGUCGUCGGACUACGAGCUGCUGUGUCGCGACGGCACCAGAGCUUCGAUCUCUCAGUGGAAAACCUGCCACCUGGUCCGUGUCCCAUCCCGGGGCAUCGUGGUCGGCAACGACGUCGCCCCCUCCGUGGUGUUGAACAUGUUGACCGAGGGUCUGGAGAAGUCGGGCUUCAACGUGUUUUCGUCGACGGCGUACGGAGGAGGAACCGUGCUGUUCUCCGAGUCAUCCGCCUUGUUUCAGGGGGCGGAGUCAGAAGACCCCAACAAGUGGAUGGGCCGCUACUAUUAUAACGCUCUGAAAGCCAUGGACUGUAAACAGGAAGAUGUCCUGCGGUGGUGCGUGUUGUCCAGCGGUGAACAGCAGAAGUGUGGCGAAAUGGGCGCGGCCUUUAGAGAUAAAGGUUUGACUCCACACGUCAGGUGUAUCUACGGCGACUCUGUGACCGACUGCAUGGACAAAAUCAAGAACAACGAGGCUGAUGCCGUCACUCUGGAUGGAGGUUACAUCUACACAGCAGGCAAAGACUACGGCCUGGUCCCUGCUACCGGCGAGAGCUACACAGCCGACACUGACGGCUCCAUAUACUACGCCGUUGCGGUGGUGAAGAAGAGCAGCAUUGACAUCCGUAACCUCGACGACCUGCGCGGCCGGCGCUCCUGUCACACCGGAUACGGUCGCACGGCCGGCUGGAACGUUCCCGUGGCGACGCUGAUGGAGAGAGGCCUGAUCGCGCCUCAGCAAUGUCAGAUACCCCAAGCGGUGGGAGGUUUCUUCCAGCAGAGCUGUGUGCCAGGUGCCAAUCAGCCUGGUUUCCCCGACAACCUGUGUGGCCUGUGCGUCGGAGACAACUCGGGGAAGAACAAGUGUGACAAGGGGAAAGACCUGUACGAUGGAUACGACGGUGCCUUCAGAUGUCUGGCGAGGGGCGACGGAGACGUGGCGUUCGUCAAGCAUUCUACCGUCUUCCAGAACACCGACGGCAACUCGGGGGAAUCGUGGGCCACAGACCUCCGCUCCAGUGAUUUCCAGCUGCUCUGCGCUCAUGCCAGUAAAGCCGAUGUCACGCAGUACAAAUACUGUAACCUGGCGAGAGUCCCCGCCCACGCCGUCAUGGUGCGGCCGGACACCAACAUCCACGCCGUCUAUGGACUGCUGGACCGCGCUCAGAAAUAUUUUGGCGAUGACACCAAUCCCGAUUUCAGGAUGUUCGACUCUCAGAGCUAUAAGGGCACAGAUCUCAUCUUCAAAGACUCCACCGUUCGCCUCAUGGGUGUCGGUGACCGAAAGACCUACGAUGAGUGGCUGGGACAGGGCUACAUGGACUCGCUGGUCAUGAUGGAGUGUAACUCAUCGGGCGCAGUGAUGUCCUCUGUGCGGCUGCUGCUGCUCGCCCUGUUCAGCGUCGUGCUCACCAACCUCUGGAUGUAAAGGCACAAAAUGAAACGGGCGUCCUUGCCUCUUCUUUUGACCUUCUCCGUCCCUCCCACUCCUCUUCCUUACGUACUCUCCCCCCAGUCCCCUCUCUUCUCUCCAUGUCUGGCUCUUUCUGUCCCCUCUUCUUCAUCUUCCACCUCUAUUUUCAGCCUUCCUGAUUGCUGUCCAAUCAAAUAACCCACCACAGCCUUUGUCCAGUCCAUUCCAGCCGUGCUCUGAAUGUGUUUAUAAUCGUAAAAUUGCAUAACUUCUACCUGAUUGUAUGAUAUUUUAAUAUAUGAGGCGGCGGCCUGUGUGUGUGCUACUGUUAAAGACGAUUGAAGAUGGGUGUUUUUUGUGUGUGUAUGUCCGUGAAGGACUUUAAGCCAGUGUGAAUCAUCGGGGCGUGAUGAAAGAAGUUUACGGAGGGUGAGCUGCCAUAUCAGUGCGUAUGCUGCCACCUGUUACAUUGCUUUUAGUGGGUAGUUCCCUCUGUGUGUCUCCAGAGCUUGUUUCGAGGCAGAGCAGCCGGUCGGAUUUUUAACCUCACGUGAGCCACGGACAAAGUUUCGAACUUGUGGUUUACCUCACGGGAACCCCUCAUCCGAUGAAACCUGCACAUCACGUACCUUUAAAAGGUCCCAUUAGAUGAAGGAUACCCCUGUUGGUGAUGCCGCUUAGCUUUGAUACCCCCAAUUAUAUUCGGAAAUACCAUUUUGGCUAUAUCCAUGAAAAGCAUUUUUGACUCUGACUUGCAGCAGCAGAUCCCAGGUCAGCUUCCCCCAUGUGUAAAGGGUUAACGUGGGUAUAGACGUCAGACCAUUGUUCUGCUCUGCUGCCACUUGCUCUGUGAGUGUACUACUAACGGACGCAGCCUUCUCCUAUAGGUCAGGCUACAUGCACUAGUGUUGCCUCCACACAGAGCUGUACUGGGCAUGUUGUGCGGACGAGUGACUGAGAUUUUACCUUUGAUUUCCUGUUUUGCUUAAAUGUUAAAAAUGAAGUUCCGCAACAAAAUAUAACACAGCCAAGAUGCAAUAAGUGUUAAGUCACCGCAAGAAUGUUCUGAGUGGGAAAAAAAGGACUGUCAUGUCUGUUAACCCAAACAAUUCACUACAGAAAUGUUUCUUGUCACAUCUGCUGUGCUUCAUGCUGCUUGAUGCUGUUUCUGGUUGUGAAAAUUGUUGAUUGGAUUGUGUAUUUUUGUUUUCCGUAUGUUGAGAUAUCUAUUUUUUAUAUGAAGUUCAGAUGCCAUAUCAGUGUAUAUGUACUGACUCAUGCCGUCAGGAACAAAUGCCUCCUUUUCCCUUCUUCCUAUCAAAUUAUUUCUUCAGUGAAAUGAUGUCACGUGUGACUAAUAUUUAGUUGCCAGGCCAGUGCGCCUGCACAAGUAUUGCUACAGAAAGCUUUUUUUCCUCUGCUUUUUCCAAACGAAAUAAAGCAAUUUGCUGCAAAAUUCA